AUGUCUUAUACCGAAGAGCCGCCGCACAAGAGGAAGAAGAUGGAGCUCUCUCCGUCGUCGUCUCUGUCUCUGUUAUCGUCGCUGCCAGAUGAUGUGGCUAUGAACUGCCUGGCUCGAGUCUCGAGAUUGGAACAUGCCUCCUUAUCUGUGGCCUCCAAGAGUUAUCGAUCUCUAGUGGCUUCCCCUGAUCUCUACAAGACCCGAUCGCUCAUGGGUCGCACCGAAACAUACGUCUACGUCUGCUUACGAACCCCUCCUCCGAACCCAUCCCCACGCUGGUAUAUACUCCGCCGUAGAAACGGCUCCUCCGAUCUGAUUUCGAUCCCUUCGAUCCCCUCUCAGGCUCCGGAAGCAUCCUCCGUGGCGGUGCUGGAUUGGGGGAUCUAUGUGAUGGGUGGAUUGAUAGAGGGGAAGCCCACUUCCGAUGUGUGGCUCUUAGAUUGUCGGACUCACACGUGGCGCCACGUCCCCUCCAUGGGAGUGGCUCGGGCUGAAGCGGCUGUUGGCGUCGUAGGCGGGAAGAUUUAUGUGUUAGGCGGGUGCAAGUACGAUGAUCGUUCGUUGAGCUGGGGAGAGGUGUUCGACCCAAAGACCCAAACUUGGGAUACUCUGCCGUCGAUGCCGAUGCGGAGGAAACACGAUCAGCAUAUCCACUGCAGCAUGGUGAGGAAGCAAGAGAUUUACGCAGUGGUUGAAACGGAUAGAACCUUUUACUACUCAGCGAGUGAAGGUAAAUGGGGAAGAGGGAAUCGUGUUGAAGCGAUAGGAAACAGAAGAGACUUUUGCAUGAUUGAUGGUCUGCUCUACUGUAUUUGUUUGGACGGGACAAUCUUUUGGUGUGAGGCAGAUGAGUUGGAUCGGCGUGAACCAGAGGGGAUGAUGGUUUCAAAGCAGGUCAAGGGUUUACUGCGUCUCAAGGAGAGUCUUGUUCGUUCCAGACUCGUCCACUUUGGUGACCACUUUUUGGAUCGGUGGGACCAAAAUAGGAUCAAGUUUGGCUUCACCCAAAGGAGUGAUAAAAGCCAUGAGUUGGAAGAUUUACUUUCCGGGGCCAGGCUGAGCAGCUCUGGUCGGAACAUGCUACUCUUCUGGGACGUCAUCGAGGGUGGUCGUCUUGAGAUUUGGUGUGCGGAGAUCUCCUUGGAGAGACCGCGCCAAGGAGGCAAUGUUUGGGGCAAUAUUGAGUGGUCUAGUGCUGUCAUGACCCUUGAUCCGUUCGUAGACCACUACAAGGUUUUGCAUUCUGUUUCUGUAACUCUCUAA